AAUCAUAUUUCUUAUUUAAAACUUGUAAAUAUGCUUAACUCGUUUAAAAUAUGUUUAAUUAAUCAUGUUAUCGUGUAUCUAUAUAAUUCGUGACCUGUUUAUUAUUUAUUUAAUUAAUUAUCUACUUAACACGUUUAUAUCCCCAUAUAAAUACUUUAUUUUAUUGUGGUUGUUGAUGGUUUUGAUGGAUUUUUAUUAUGGUUGAUCAUGAUGGCUGAGCUUAUUAUACUCUAUGAAUAUUAUUGUUUUUAUAAUUAUUAGCUUUAAAUUUGAAUGAUAAAAUAUUAUUUCAUUGUUAAUUAUUUGUAGUUUAGUUUAAUCUUGUUAAUUUUAUUAAUUGUGUUAAUUGUUUAAAUAGAUUGUGAAUUGUGUCGUAUUAUAUAAAACUUAAGUGAAUUUAUUUAAUAAACAUGUUGAGUAUGUCAUGUCGUAUAAUAUUACAUAUUUAAUAAAUAUAUCCGUAUUCCUAUUUGAAUUUAUAUUUCAUACAAUGAUAGUGUAUAGAAAGCAUUUACAAACUGUCAGCUUAUCACAAAGUGCCACUUCACUAAUAAAUAAAGAUAACAAAUUUUAAGAUUUCAAAAAUAAAUAUAAAAAAAAUUUAAGAUUUAAUAGAAUAAAAAACCCAAAUUUUUUUUACUCCCUUUAAAAUGUCCUCCACAAGUCUCUCUAUACUUGGUAUAUGUUAUGCUUGAAAUUUAUUUAUGCUCAACUGUUAAAGAUUGUGGAGAGAAUAUAUUUGUUUACUUUUUUUUUAUAUAAAUAUUUUUUACAAUUUUUUAUAAAGAUUUCACUGGAAAUCCAAUCCUCACACAUAUAGCAUUUCUAUGUGCAUAUAAACAUACAUAACUUAUGUCUAGUAUAUAAGAAAAAGCAUGUAAAAUUUCUAAUGGUCACACGAAUUAAUCAAAAUGAAAAUCAUGUGUAUACGGUGUUGUUAAAUUAAAAUAAUUAAAUUAAUUAAUGAAUUCUUUUAUUAUAAAAUAAAUAAAAAAUUCAUUAAAUAUUAAAAAAUUUUAAUAUUUAUUUUUAUUUAUUAAUGAAUAAAGUGUCGCUUCAUGGUAAACAGACAAUAUAUAACUUUCACACCCUUUCUGUGCCUCAAAUGUAAAUUUUUUAAAAAUUUAUAACAAAAGGCCAAGUGCCCUUUUAUAAAAAUUUUGCUUGUCAUCGGGAAAGCACACUUCAAUCAGACUAAAGGCAGGAUCUGGGCUGAUCCGACCCGCUUCCUGGCGUCGGCCCUUUUUUUUUCCUCUCCUCCAGCUUACGAUGCCGUUUAGGACCCCCUGUAAAUACCCUAAAACCCCGAUCUCUCACUAAAAACCCUAACCUUUCUCGGCCAUCCCUCCUGUCGCCGCCGUUCCGCCUGCCGACCGGUGGGAGAAAACCACUCUUUCUUUCUCUCUCUCUCUCUCUCCUCUAUCUUUCUGGUGGCGGUCUCCGUCGCCGUCGCCUUCAUAACAGGAACCAUUCAGUAACUUUGAAAAAAAAUUUGUGAACGGAGAGUUUGACUGGGUAAGAGUUCCUUUUUUGUUUUGUUUCCUCCCACAAUGGAUUCUAAAUUGGAAUCUGGAAGUUCAACGGCAAACAUAUACAUACCAGAAGAGUGGUCGGAGGCUGCAGACUCCAUAGCCUAUGAUUCAGUAACUUCGCCACCUCCUAUUGCUUUCAUCUGUGGUGCUAAAAACUCUGGAAAAACCACUUUCUCUCGUCUCCUCCUUAACAUUCUUCUCCAAAGGUACCAAAAAGUAGCUUAUUUGGACACAGAUGUUGGGCAGCCUGAGUUCACUGCUCCAGGUUUCCUGUCCCUUACGGUUGUUGACAAACUAACCCCAGAUUUGGCAAUCCCAUGCUUGAAGACGCCUGAGAGGUGUUUUUUCUUUGGUGACAUUUCUUCAAAAAGGGACCCAUCAGGAUACUUGAAAUAUGCAUUUACCCUCUAUGAUUACUAUCGAAAGGAAUACUGCAUGUUUGACGAGAGUGAACAUGCUGGUAGGACUGAAUUGCCUCUUGUUGUCAAUACCCCUGGAUGGGUGAAAGGUAUUGGUUAUGAGAUAUUGGUGGAUAUGCUGAAAUACAUUUCUCCUACUCAUGUUGUUAAGAUAAACAUAUCUGUUGGGAGUAAGAAUCUGCCAGGUGGAGCAUUCUGGUUGGAUGGUGACUCUGAUGGGAUGGCUAAUAUCGUAGAGAUUAAAUCAGCUCACCAGGACUCCUUAAAUAGAUCAGUUCUAGUACAGAAGGAUGCUAGCCUUCUGCGGGAUUUGCGGAUAAUGGCUUAUUUCAGGCAGAUUUUUUCUAAUGACAAGCCUAUUACUACAAUCAAAGAACUUGCAUAUGCACUUGCUUCUCAUUUUCCUUAUGAAGUUCCAAUAUCAAGUAUCAAAAUCAGACAUCUUCAUUGCCAGGUCCCAAGCACUGAAAUUUUCUACAGUUUGAAUGCAACUAUUGUUGGCUUGGCUGUUAGUUCAGAGGAGUCUGAAAGUUUACCCUGGUGUGUUGGUCUUGGAAUUGUGAGAGGAAUUGACAUGUUCAAAGGUUUGCUCUAUUUGAUCACUCCUGUUCCUCAGAGCACUCUGGAGAAGGUCAAUCUUUUGCUGCAGGGCUAUAUUCAAAUUCCUACUUGCUUGUUGCAGGUCAAGGGAUGCAGAUCACCUUAUGUAUCUUCAAAUGUUCUGCCUACAAGCUAACCGGAUACUUCUACUAACCUGAAGUCAUUUUCAUGAAGUGUCUGUCAUCAGUCUUCAACUAAUUAAUAUUCCAAGCUUGCUUAUAUGGGCACUGUUGUCAUAGGGCAGUGGCCAGUUUAUGUCAUUAGCUGUCUUCUAUAUUUGGGUUGAACUAACAGGGAAUUAGCUCUCAUAGUUUUUUCACUCUUGAAAAUUUGACAAGAUACCACAUAAUACUUGCACUAUGUUUGGUAGGAGGGUAAGAUGGAGGUCCUUCCUUUUUUCUUUCCUCACUUUUUGCCUUGUAUUUUCCUUCAUUCCUACCAAACAUACUAUAAGGGGGCAGUGGAUAUCUUGUAUAGAAAGAUAUACAUGCUAAUUGCUGUAUUCAUGCAUAUCUACCAAAGUUUCUACCAAACAUACUAAAUGUCAAACACAUUCAUAUCUUUAUGAAAAGUUGGGCUCUUCUUACUGAUUCAUACUGUAAGGGGGCUGUAAUUAUUUGAGUAUGAUAUCAGUAUGCAAAGCUGGUUUAUGGA